GUUUUUAUGAAGCCACACAACAAGUUGUACCUAUAUUCUAUAUCACUGAUGUUCCAUUAUUGUGAAGCGUCUGACAUUUUACAGUUAUCACAUUUUCCACUAGAUGGCGAUGUAUAAACAUGAGACGUACCCUGGAUGUUGUUUUUACUCUGGGUGUUAAUCAAGUCCUCUUAUGUUUGCUGGUUUUGGAGAAGGUUCAUGUUGAAUAUAGGGUAUAAGUAAUGCAAAGCUACAUGUAUAUUGAUGCUCAGAAAGAAAUGUAGGUCAUCUAUUUUGUGUAGCUGAUUGAUAAAACAGGUAUUCAGCUUCAAAAGCAGUAAUUGAAGUACAGUUUUUAAUAAUAAAUAAUGGCACUGAGAUGCCUGUAGUACAUGCAUAUCCUUUAGGGUGCCGAGUUAGACAACCUUUGUUUUUAUCCUGUAUAUAAAGAGAGUAAAGGACCAGUCACAUCAAGGUACACAAAGCCUAGUGCAGUGUAAGCAGUUGGGUGAGCAGAGAGCCAGGGCUGUGGUGUUUGGAAAAUGCUAGUGGGGGCAGACAAUGCACUGGUCCGAGGCCUGACCAGCCCUCAGAGGGACAGGGGUCGCCUCACUGCGACAACAGCCCCCGUCUCCCUUCCUUCUUUUUCUUUUUUUGAGCUCCACAGCAUGGGCUCGGGGAGGACGCUGAAGUUCGCCCUGUGCGAGGUGCUGCAGUUUGCAGGCCUGUGCGUGCCACUCUUCAUCGUCAUGCAGAGGUUCGCCGUCAUCGUAGCGAAGGUCAAAACAUCCGCGCAGCCCCCCGGAGACGGCAGCACAGCCUACUGGUUGAUCGUGGCCUCCUCCAUUGCCUAUGUCACCUCCACCGCCCUGCUGGUCUGGGUACCCAUGAAGUAUAUGGUCUUCACGAAGAAGAAGUUUCUCAUUGGGAGGAAGAAGUGGAGGCCUGUGGCCCUCGUAUAUGUGAUCCUGUCCACAUUACCCUGCUUUGCCUUUCUCAUCGCCAGCUCUGAGGUUCAGAUAAAUAACAACAUGAAGUAUGAUACGUUCACGGAGCUCCCCGUGUCACUAGUCCUCUUCUCUCUCAUCUGUAUUGACGUUGUGGAGAGGAUACGCCACUGCAGACUGACAGGCCAGGGUAAUGACAUGGAGCGAGAUGCUGACAUCCCCUCCACUGUCCUCACACAUGUGGAACAGGUAACCCCAGUAUCACCUAUCAAUCCAGGUGGGCCGGGGCCAGCUGCGCCCGGGCAAUCUGUGCAAAAUCCUACGCAACCGGGAUCAAGCCAGCACAAUGACAGGAACCAGAACGGAGCCGGGGCUCGAUCGGAGACCAACGGGACAGUCCCGGGCAUACAAGGUAAUCCCGGAAGACCAUUCAGCAUCUCUGGAUUGAGCUCACGAUCAGCGAGCACCACAGCGUACCGCAUAUCUCAGUACGCCUACACGGGUCCAUUAAGAUUCCUCUGUGCCAGCGACGCACGAGCGGACGUGUUCGUGGACAGCUUUAUGUUCUGGAUGGAUACAGUGGAGAUGGUGAGGGUGGCAGGGCAUCCCCUUGUCUACUACUCGGGCUGGGUGUUCCCCAUCUACAUCUUCAGCUACCUGUCUUGCCUGCGCGUGGUGGUCAUGCCCCACAGCCCGCUGCUUUCCUCCCUAGGGGUGGUCGUGCAGGACUUUCCCUUCUUCUUUGUGCGCGUUGGCCUCAUUGCCUUCUUUGGCUUCGUCACACCCCUCCUCUAUCUGAUGAAGAACCUGCUGGUCUGCCUUGCUUUUGUCUAUUUCAACUUCAUGACCAGGCUGAGGGUCUUCAACACAGAGAGGAUGUUCUUUUGAGACUGGCUCUUUAAACAAAGACAUAUAGUAGGAACAGGCACAAUGAGGAGGUUGCAGCCAAAAGGGAGCUCUUAGGCAAUGUUUUCCCAUAAAGGACAUUACGUGUCAAAUGUUGUUAUGUAUCAUUUACCUUUUAUGUUCAAAUUGUACCCCUCCAAACCCCUCACCCUCACCAAGCAUGGCACUCUGGGAAUGUACCUGUAAUGUCAUCUGAGAGUUUAUAGCAGAUUUCUUUUUCUACCAUCAUAAAGUGCAGUGAAUGUGUAAAAGCAUUAAUCCAUGUUUUUUAUAUUGGGUUUUUCUUUGCUAAAUUAUAUCCACAAAAGAAAAACAAAGUGUGAGUUUGUAUCAUUGAUACAUAUAUUUUGCUAAGAUUAAUAGCAGAUUAAUAAAGAAAAUCAUUCAAAGA